CUGAAGUCAGGCUGGAGAAAGAUUUCAUUUUACUUCAAUCUGUCUUAUGAAAUUAAAGACAAGACCAUCGAGUACGAUGACAACCGCAAUGUUCAGUGUGCUGAGUUCAUUGUUCGUGCAUACAUGCAGUAUGUUACCUUUAUUUCUCCUCCAACAUUGGGGGUGGAAGGUUUUCAGAUGGAUGGGGUUCAUGUGAACAACGAGAGAAGAAGUUCUGCACUCAAGAAACAACAUAGUCCUCCAUCCUCAUUUCCAUCUCCUCCAUAUUGUACACUGCAAAUUAUUGAUCAUGUGCCGGGUAGUUCCCGUAAAGCACUCCACUGCCCCGAAUCAUCCGACACAAAUACCUACCUCAAGCGCCCCGGGGACGACACGACUAACCCAUUGUCCCGGACAAGCCCGUCCGCAAGGGACAUCUGCCCGAAAAUUGGGACCAACAAGAAAUCGAAGGCCCGAGCCUGGCCGUCUUUCGGAGAAUCAGCCUCAGAUAGGAGCUCGAUGCCAGCGCCUUUAAGAAAGUCGAGAUCAAUCCUUGUCCACGCGCCGCGCGCCUCCCUGCCGGAACUGGACCCUCAGAGCGAGCUCCACCACGAGUCGCUGAUGUUCUUCGCCUCCGGCUGCUCCAGAUUACCAAUCAACUCACGAUUUCUUCUGGCUUCCCGGUUGGCUAGGCCAUGGUCGGAGUGGUGGAGGCUCCGUCUGCCGCAGAUGGCUGCUAGGGCGACGAGCGCGACAGAGCAGAUUUUGACCAUCACUAUUAUUGAUUCAAUUUAG